AUGAGCGGCUCUACUCUCGUCAUAGCUGGAGCUAUACGCCUGCGUUAUCGUAGACGAACUGUCGCCAGCAGCAAUGGCAACAAUGCAGAGUGUGCAGCUACAGCGUGCGCCAGUGAUGAGCGCACCGGAUCUCCAACAGCGGAGGACGACACGCACGUGUCUGCCGGUGAACCCGUGGCGUCCUCCUCACAGUCUUCGGGCGAAGGCUCAGCAGAUGCUGUUCCCACUCCUCACGGUCACAACGCACAGGAGGCUGCAGAAAUACCUUCGGUGCCGGAUGUUGUACCAAUGCAUCCCGCAUUGGUGAAGCUCCUGACAACCCUCGACUCACUGAACGGUGGAAUGGGUCUAUCUAACCUUGAUAAGAACAGCGUGCUGCAGCUUAUAACCAACCCCGAACUGGCGACUGUUUUGAUGCAAAAAAACGUCAAGAACUGUCGGGACGUUGAGAAGCUACGUCAGGAGUACCUCGCCGACAGCGGGAGAGGGUACAAGUCCACUACCUUCUAUGUCGAGGGCUUUCCUCCACUGAUUAUGCUGCAUCGAGACCCGCUGCGUGCCCUCGCCGACAUGUUAAGGCACAAGCACAACAAACCUGGUUUCAGAAUGGGACCUAGGCGCGGAGUGGAUGGUGAGACAGGGCAGCGCGAGUUUUCGUCAGCAGAAACGGGCACUUGGUGGCAGGCCGCACAGGAGUACGUAGGCCUUGACAAAAUAGUUGCUGCCUUGAUCUUCUAUAGUGAUGUUACCCACCUGAGCAACAAUGGUCGGAAAAAGGCCCACCCAGUGGUAACGACACUUGGGAACAUCGCUCUGCCUAGACGAUGGGGAAGGGCUGGCCACGCGCUACUGGCAAUCCUCCCAAUCCCUCCAGCCAAUAUGCCGUCGCGGCUGAAGGUGGAGCUUUUCAAUGCUUGUGUGGCCAAGCUCUUUGAACCGUUGCUCGCUGUGAAAGAGACUGGAGUCAUACUUCUGGACUUUGAUGGCAUUAAGAGGUGUGUGGUGCCACUGCUGUUCGCAUGGGCAUGUGAUUACCCCGAAUCUGGAAAGAUCACCUGCACGCUUUCGGGUCAGGGCUGUCAGAAGCCCUGCAGCAUGUGCUAUGUCGACAAGGAGAACCUUUCGUCCGUGCAUCUGCCCAACAACGUCCGCACGCGUGCGCAGCAGCAGGCGGUGAGGGAUAUGGCUGCAGGUGUGCCAGCACGCGCCAUUGACAACCCCUUGAAACUGUUCUCGACCUUCGAUGUUGACUGUGCGAUUUGGAAGUGGGAAGUUGGAGCAGCUCCUUGGGGUAAUCCAAUUCUUGCGGUGAUGGCGGAUAUCAUGCACCAGGCGGACCUAGGCAUGCUUGAUCACAUCAUCAAAUGCAUACGUAUUGAACACCCAGCGCUAACUUCGCUCCUCGACGGUCGCUUGGAUGUGCUCAUCCUGGCCACACGCAUCAACACUUUGCGGUUUCCAAAGACGGGCACAUACUUUCGCACUGGGGCACAAGUGGCAGGACCAUUUGAGCACCGGUCUGUGAUGCAGUCACAGAAAGCAGGAAGGUAG